AAACUCGAUGUUCAAAAUUUUUUAUUGUGGUGUUAUGAAAGUAUUUGAAAAAUACAAUUGAGAUGAAUCAAGUUUGCUGUAAAAUCGGCAAUCGAUAUAUGUGAAAGUACUCAGGUAGAAUAAUUAAAAAACACGUAAAAAGAAGUAUUGUCUGGUGAAUGUCAAAUCAGAAGACCUCUUCAUUAGACCUCUUUGUGAUGUUUAAAAGGUUCGGCUCAUUCUUUUGGUCAAACAUUCGAAGUCUCCACGCUAAGAAAAAUUGCUUACUUAUUUUCUAUCUACAUCGUUUUGGUUUGUAGAUCUUAAAUUUGUUUGAAUGUUAUGAAAUCAUGUUUUGAAUAGAUUAAUUCAAUUCAUUAAUUUCUGGCGUAUUUUAAAAACUUUACAAAUUACAAUCUAAUUUUGUUAAUUAGCAAUCCAGAAUUUCGACAUGUUGAUUAAAUACACAUUUUGGUAACUUCUGAACAAAAAAGGCUUGAUGUCCAUUUUUGGGCCCCCUUCUUAAUUUAUUGUACUUAAGUUACACUGUUAAUUGUACUUGUUUAUCCCCAAUGAAAACUCGAAUUUCGCGGGUUACAUGUGAACUUUUGUGAACCCAGCUGAGCCCUUUGAACCCUCUGAAGAUUCUUUAAUUGACAUGACAUCGUUGGACGAAGAAACAAUUGGCGGUUUGAACCGACAUUUCUCGGACGGACUUAAUGACGUCAUUAACGAUGAGAGAUCUGGUCUCAUGAGUCAUCACUCUGAAAACAGUAGUGAAGACCAACAUGCUCACUCAAAGUCGCAUGUUUACUCCUUGUUUGACCUGGGAGGUCGUGGGCUCUUGGCGGAUAAAAUGGAAGAAGCGCUCGUGAAAUUCAACGAGGAAAUCAUUGACUCUGCAAUCAAGGAACAUGUCACACCAUAUCUGUACAACAACGGAAAGGGAAAAUGGAUUCCCAAAAAUCACUUGGUGUCACAGCGUAUCACUGAGAUAGGCGGGGAGCAUGCAGUGAUAGUAGCCAAUCUGCAGCACCGCAAGAUAGGCCAGCUGGUGGAGCCAGACCAGCCCAGACAGAAGUUCUCCUCCUCCCCCUCUGUCCGGCCGGAGUUUCGGGAGAGAGAACAGGAAGAAAGUGUGUAUUACCAACUCUACCAGCAGAAUCAAGACCCAUCCGGAGACCGGUUCUGUUGCUGGGACAUCUGGCGCCGUGGCUCAAUGGGGGAGACUCUGCUGCACGUAUGUCUGCUCUGCGGCUCAAAAAUAGCAAGGGAAGUGGCCUUGAGACUUCUAAAACUAUUUCCGACACUAGUGGUGGAUAUCUAUCUGGGUCAUGACUACUAUGGACAGACUCCAUUACACAUGGCACUGGUCAAUGAAGACCUCGCACUGCUCAAGAUGAUGCUCGACAUAAGAGACAGUUCUACAAACGAGAGGCUCGCCGAUCUGUCUGCUAGAUGCAAUGGCAGUUUCUUCAUGCCCAUAGACCUCAAGCAAGAGAUCAACCUCAACCCGAAAAUGGGGGAGACGCCCAUACUCAAGUCAUACAGAACAAGCUAUGCGGGUCCUUGCUACUGGGGCGAGUUUCCCCUCUCCUUCGCUGUCUGCCUGGGACUAGAAGACGCCUUCAUCUGGUUACUCCACCGGGGGGCAUCUCCACUGGCCACGGAUCUGAACGGAAACAACAUCCUACACAUGCUAGUCAUACACAACAAACUGGAAAUGUUCAAGUGUUGCAUUGAGCUAUUGGAAGACGAGACUCUGAGUGAACUGAUGGACGAAAGGAACAGACAAGACUACAUCCCCUUAACUCUGGCCGCCUUCUGUGGCAGACAGGAGAUAUUCAAACUCAUCCUGUCCUACCAGUCCAAGGUGCUCUGGAUCUACGGGGAUCUGCAUGCCGUCGAAUAUCUGCUCACAGACCUCGACACUAUUAGGCCAGACGGAUCCUUGAACAAACAUUCGGCACUUCAUAUAAUCGCCAUGAACUCAAAGGACUCUCCGCAGCACCUGGACAUGUUGAGUGGGGUGAUGCGGGAACUAGUGGACUGGAAGUGGGAUCUGUUCGGACGCCAGAUCCUGCUGGCGAACUUCCUCGUCUACUUCCUCUUCCUCAUCUCAUACCUCACUGGCAUGUACAUCCGCAAACCGGCUCCUCCCACCGCCAGUGGCUCGGAGAGUUCGUCCAGCUGCUACAUCCGAAAAGUAGAGAGCCACACCGACUAUGUCUUGUCUGGGAUUGAAGUGUGGACUUAUUUACAGUUGUUGUUAAGAGUGGUGGUCGAGGUCAGACAGUUUCGCACACUUGGAUGGAAGUUAUGGUCUAGUGAUCUAGUGCUGGCUCCAACCAAGAUCAGUUUUCUGAUGGGAGUAUUCUUCCUCAUCCCUCUUUCCCUGAUGCUGAGGAUCAUCUGCCAGUCCAAACUAGAAGACUACGUCUGCAUGCUGACUGUAUUCUGCAUCACACCUCACAUACUAUUCUACAUCAGGAGUACAAAGUGUCUGGGCCACCUGAUCACAGUGAUGUACAGGGCAGUGACCGAUGACCUCCGAAGAUUCUCCAUCAUUCUCUCCAUCCUCCUCACUGCAUACUCCCUCGGAAUGACAGUCCUCUUCAAGGCGGGACAGGAGGGGGAAUCGGGAAGCCCCUCCCCCUCCCCCUUCCACAAUUUCUCCCUCACUCUCUACCUCAGUUUCUGCAUGGUCAUGGGGGAGGUCAAACCGAGUAUCUACGAUGCAAUCAAGGAAAGUCCCUACCCGUUUUUUACCCAGUGCUACUGGGCUAUCUUCUUUGUGUUAGCUCAUCUGUUGCUCGUGAAUGUGUUAGUGGCGAUGGUAUACGAGACAUUCCACGUGUACAAACAAUCCCACCACGAGUGGUACAAAGAACGAACCCGACUGGUUGUGAUGUAUGAGUAUCUGUUGACGGACCUGUGUCGAAAGAAGGUUCUCCAUCAGUACUCCCAACUGGCCAAGAGACCCCAGAAGAGCAAAAGCGUCGUACCCUCCCAAGUACCAGCAGGACAACGGACCUCUAGCGGUGACAAAAAUGAAGUGCACCCAGAGAGUAAUUCUGAAGAGAUUUCUUCCACCAAAAGCAAGAAAGCUGGACCCAAGGAGAGAAAAGUCACAGUGAAACAUUAUUUCAGGAAUGGGAAAAGCGUGGGUGAGAUUCUUCCCAAUGGCGAUCCACGGCAAUAAUAUCGGAAAACUAGCUCAAUGUAAUAGUUAUUGAUAGUAGUUAAAGUUUUGGCUAAUUAUUCUGUUAAUAAAGACAAUCCUUAAUUUGCUAUCAGCUUAGAUGGUCAGCGAAACCUUUUCUGGGU